CCGGCGCUCCGCCUGCCGCCGGGAGAUUCCCGUGGGGAGCCGAGCCGAGCCGUGCUGUGCCGUGCUGUGCUGUGGGCCAUGAGUGCGUGAGAGCGAUAGCGCAGCGUCUGGGAACGGGAGCGCCUGCGGCCGCUUCCAGGGAAAGAUGCCACAGACACCUCCCUUUGCAGCUAUGUUUGACAGCAGCGGCUACAACAGGAACCUGUAUCAGUCAAAAGAGGACAACUGUGGAGGGCUCUGUUAUCAUGACAACAAUCUCCUGUCCGGGUCUCUGGAAGCUCUGAUCCAGCACUUAGUGCCCAAUGUCGAUUACUACCCUGAUAGGACAUACAUCUUCACCUUCCUUCUCAGUUCACGUCUGUUCAUGCAUCCAUAUGAGCUCAUGGCCAAAGUCUGCCACCUGUGCAUUGAGCAGCAGAGACUAAGUAGUGAGCCUGGCCUGGACAAGAACUGGAUGCAAAAAAUUGCACCGAAAAUCCUACAGUUACUGACUGAAUGGACAGAGACUUUUCCUUACGAUUUCCGAGAUGAAAGAAUGAUGAGGAACUUAAAGGAGUUGGCACAAAGAAUAGCCAGUGGGGAUGAGAUGUACCGGAAGAACGUACAGCAGCUCCUCCAGAACCUGAUCCGGAAGCUUGCUGCUGUCAGCCAGUAUGAGGAAGUGCUUGCAAAAAUUGAUGCCACGUCCACAGAUCGCCUCACGGUUCUGAAGACCAAGCCCCAGUCCAUCCAGAGGGACAUAAUCACAGUCUGCAAUGAUCCCUACGUGUUAGCUCAGCAGCUGACACACAUAGAGCUUGAGAGACUCAAUUAUAUUGGACCAGAAGAAUUUAUCCAGGCGUUUGUGCAGAAGGAUCCUUUGAAUAAUGACAAGAACUGCUACGGAGAUCAAAAGAAGACUCGGAAUCUCGAAGCCUAUGUGGAAUGGUUUAACAGGCUCAGUUACCUGGUUGCAACAGAAAUCUGUAUGCAUGUGAAGAAGAAGCACAGAGCAAGAGUGAUAGAAUAUUUCAUCGAUGUGGCACGGGAAUGUUUUAACAUCGGCAACUUUAACUCCUUAAUGGCUAUUAUUUCUGGGAUGAACAUGAGUCCUGUGUCUCGAUUAAAGAAAACCUGGGCUAAAGUGAAGACUGCCAAAUUUGAUAUUCUUGAGCAUCAGAUGGACCCUUCCAGCAAUUUUUAUAAUUACCGAACUGCUCUGCGUGGAGCCACUCAAAGAUCCCUGACAGCUCAUAGCAACAGAGAGAAGAUCGUGAUACCUUUCUUCAGCCUCUUGAUCAAAGAUAUUUACUUCCUCAAUGAGGGUUGUGCCAAUCGUCUUCCAAAUGGUCAUGUCAAUUUUGAAAAAUUUUGGGAAUUGGCAAAACAAGUCAGUGAAUUUAUGACAUGGAAGCAAGUGGAGUGUCCUUUUGAAAGAGAUUGGAAGAUCCUGCAGUACUUGCUUACUGUCCCAGUCUUCAGUGAUGAUGCACUUUACUUGGCUUCCUAUGAAAGCGAAAGUCCCGAGAAUCACAUUGAAAAGGACAGAUGGAAGACGCUGAGGUCAGCGCUUCUGGGCAGAGUCUAGUGCACAAAAUGUCUGGUGUUGCUGCAUUAUGUGGAUUACCAAGGGGCAUGGCUUGGUUUAUUCUUCUGUACACUGAGUGGCAUUCAAAGUGAUGAACAAUGUGCAGUCAGUUGCGAUAUUGCGUCAGCAACGGUGAAAGAAGUUUACUCAAGAACAAACAGGCAGCUUCUCACAUCUGACAGAUGAGAUAAAAUCACAGCCCCCUCAGCUGUGAUUCAGGCUUAAGUAUUGAUUGAGAACAGUGCUGACAGAACCCUUUGAAGAUCUCAGAUGCCGCCUAUGAAUCAUUUCACACCUGGAUGGAAUAUCCUUCCUUUUUUGCUGCGGCUUGCUGCUAUGAGGACUCUGCAGAGUUUGCAGCAGAUUACAAAGGGGAAAUAGUCACCAUUCCUUUCAGUGAAACCCAAGCCUGCAUUGAAGAGCUCCCAUUCCUAAUAAUCAGCCCAGAAGUUUGCCUGACUGGGAUUGCUGAGAAGGAAAAGGACUGGACACAACAAAUUGGCUGCUGAGGAGAGUUUCUCUCCACCACUAUAAUAGUGGCUGUGGUUUUUUUCUUUUUCCAAUAUGUUUUUGAGUUGGCUGCUGGUAGGCAAACUCAUUAUUAUUGUAAGUUAUUUAAAAAAUAUAUAGUAAUAAAAAUCAAGGCUGUGGUAGAAAAUACACCUGCUAUAAAAAUAUAGGACCUAUGUAGCUCUACAACUUCUAGGGAGAUUUUUACUUCUGUUCACUUCUUUACAACUAACCACUACAUGUUACAGACAUUCUUAUUUUUACUGUACGGUUUUGUUACUCUAAUUUUCCAUACUUGACCUUCUUCUUGUAUUAGGUUGAACAAGCUGACUUUUCUAGAAUAGUGUUUGAGAAACUGGUGUACAAACUGCAUUGAAAUAUGAAAGUAUGUUUUUAUUAAGUAAUUUUUGUAACUGCUUUUUUUCGGAAAGGUUAACAGUGGAGAACACAAUCCACUUUGAAAGAGCAAGAUGCCAAAAAGAAAAAAAGAGGCUUUUUUCUCAAAUAGAGCUAUGAACAAAAGAGUAUUCCUGUGUAUUUGCUUUAGGGAUUAUGUUUACGACUGUGAAUUAGUCCACUGUGUUACACACCUAAUAAGGUUUUAGUAGCUCUGAAUACUUGGUCACUCUAUCUAUCCUAGGAGGAACUGAUGGGAAAAAAUCCCCAAACAUGUAGCUGUUGAUCACCCUGGAUGCCAAAUCAAUAAGCAAAAGUACAUACUUGGCAAAAAAAAAAAAAAAAAAAAAGAUAUUUGCAAUUAUUCUGCCAUAGUUAUUUAAAAAAAAAAAAGAAUAAAUACAUAUAUUUGUUGCACUGCAUCUCUUGAGUUUUCAGAUAAGCUGGUUUUUAUGUUCUGUCCAUGAACUAUUUUAAUUUUGAGUUCUGUAAGAACUGCUGAAGCAGCCUUCAUCAACGAGGAUACUGUCCUUAACUACAGCCUGUUUGCUGGUACAAGGUACUGGAAGUUACAUAUUCCAUAAGGACCAUCACCAGGGCCUCGAGUCCUGCCAGUGGAGAAGGAUUCCUUUCCUUCUCUCCCAUUCAUGGAGUUAGAGUGAAGGAGAAAGAAGCAGCUAACUCUUUGAAAGGAGAAGACUGCUUCUGCAGUUCACAGACUGGCCUCCCAGCUUUCAUCAGGUGAGGUCUUUCCCAUCUUCCCCUCUACAGCCUUCCCCUCUUGUUGAGGCUUAUAGACGAGGCUUAGUUUAUGUACAAAUGUGGGGAAAAUCAAGGCUGUGGUAGAAAAUACACUUGCUAUAAAAAUAUAGGACCUGUGUAACUCUACAACUUUUAGAGAGGUUUUUACUUUUGUUCACUUCUUUACAACUAACCACUACAUGUUACAGACGUUCUUAUUUUACUGUAUGGUUUUGUUACUCUAAUUUUCCAUACUUGACCUUAUUUAUGCAGUUGGAUUGAAGCCUUUGUAAAUAAAAGGAGAAAUAGCACUACUCAGCCUCC